UCUGCAUUUUUAUUUGAAUAAUAGCUUCUUUAUCAUAGUUAUCCGGGCUUUUUAACAAUUUAACUUAUAUCGCUUAUAUUCUUUUUAAAAAGACGGCAUAUAUUUGUUUGCUGAUUAUUACAUGGGCUUGCCCAACUUAUCUUAUAUAAUGGUGAAUUUAGGAUCUCAAGCAUGGGGGUUCAUCUUUUAGACAAAACCAUGGAGACUUGUUUGGAAGACGGAAUUGUCAAUGGGAACGGAUACAAUGGGCUAAGACAUAACUCUUAUCCACCCAGUCCGAAGGUAUCUUUAGCUUGGCUUGAUUUAAGAGUUUUUUACAUCAGAAUUAGUAGAUGUGAUAUCAACAAUGAAUCAACCCCUGAAAAUCUCACACUUAACCAUGUGCCACUUAACCGUGAUACUUUACUUGAAGUUAAUGGUGUUAGAACUAGCAUAUACUCUGAUGGCGUAUCAACCCUCUUAAGAAGAGACCGAUUGGAUAAGAAAUCGGAGGAAGUUACAUUUGUUAGUACCGAUAGUAUUAGGACGACAGGAAGUUUGAAGUUUGAAGUUUUUGAUAAGGAUGUUCUUAUAGUUUCCGGGGUUCUUGAUUUCUGUCAUAGUAACGGAGCUCAUGGUGAAUCGAAUGAUUAUGUUUCUAAAUGGAGAAUGGAAUGUGAAACUGAUAUGGUGUCUGGAAACGGGUUCUUGAAAGGAAAGCAUAAUACGGGUAUUGAAUUGGAUCCACCAUCGAUUGAGGUUUUUUUGGCGGGUAGUUUUGGGGGUGACCCAAUAAUCUUGACGAAAACCUUACAACUUAGUUGUAGAAAGAAGCAAGCACGAAAGGGAGUGCUUGAAGCUAUACCCGAAAAUGAAACAAUGACAAAUGGAGGAGAGGGUUCAUCAUCUGGCCUUGCUUUGAAGGUCGCGGAUUACCCACACUACAGGUUAGAGCACGAGUACCCUACUCUUUACUCGAGGAUGGAAUAUGUCGAAGGUGAGGAUGGAGAACUAUCAUGGUUUAAUGCAGGUGUGAGAGUUGGUGUUGGAAUUGGUAUGAGCGUUUGUCUUGGUAUCGGAAUUGGUGUUGGGUUGCUUGUACGAACGUACCAUGGUACCACUAGAAACUUUGCAAGGCGACUUUUUUAACAUGGGUUUUUCCAACGUUAUUCCCUAUACAACAUGGGUUUUUCCAACACUACCCCCCAUACAACAUCAGUAGUUCAGUACACGGGCAAUAAGGGGUUUUGCAUGAAAUCGGAGGACUUGUAGGUAUAGAUUAGUUGCUGACUGGGUUGAGAUCGUCUUCAUGUAAAUAAGUAUGAUCUGCCAUGGUUCCUAGUUGUUUUGGUGUAUGUCUUCGGUCACCUUUUGUUUUUCUCCCUUUUCUUUUUGAAUUUUGUCACCAAAAAGGUUGAUAGGAAUAAGGUCUUGCAAUGGAAGUCUCUGUAGUGUAGAUCAGCUGCGGGUUAUUAUAAUAAUACAAAGAUUUACUUGGUUCA